AUGCCUUCCUCACCCCUCUUCUCCUUCACCCUCUCCCUCUGCUUCCUCACCAUCCACCUCUCCGCCGCCACCGCCGAUACCUGCGGCGGAUCAUGCCGCCUGGGGUCCCCCACCGUCCGAUUCCCCUUCGCCCUCACCGCCGGCCGGACCCACAACAGCAGCAGCAUCCCCAACACCCGGUGCGGGUUCCCGGGUUUCGGCCUCUCGUGCGACGGGUCGGGCCAGACGGUCAUCGCCCUCCGAAGCUCCGGCGAGUUCAUCGUCCAGUACAUCGAGUACCACAGCCAGGUCGUCUACAUCCGGGACCCCGGCGACUGCCUCCCGCGCCGGUACCUCGAUUCCUUCUCCCUCGAGGGCACCCCGUUCGUGCCCGAGGCCACCGGGAUCUUCACUUUCCUCAAUUGCUCAGGGGCCCCGACCGGGCCCGGAUCCGGGUCCCCGUCUGCCUUCGUACCCGGGUCGAGGCGGGUCGGGUGCUUGAGCGGGGAGGCGUUUACGGUCCGGGCGAUGCGGACGAGCGCGUUCCGCGGGCUGAAUUUGACGGCGGACGCGCCUAUGUGCAGGGUGAUCUCGACGGCGGUGAGGAUCCCGGUGACGUGGCCGCGGUGGUCGGAUGCGGACACGAGGUUGAUUUGGAGCUUGCCUGAUUGCUUGCCCUGUGAGGAGGACGGCAAGACUUGCGGGUUCAGAGAUGAGACCGGGUUGGAAAUCGGGUGCUCCGAUCCCGGUGAAAAGAGCCAAGGAAUUUCGAGGAGGGCCAGGUACGGGCUGGUCCUAGGAGUGGGAAUCCCGGGCCUAAUCUGCACCAUUGGGCUGGGCUGUUUCAUAUGCACCAAACUCGAGUCUCGAGGGAGAGACAGAUUCCACUCGGCCGCGGAUCUGGCAGCCGCCGCCACGAUGGGCCCGCAGCCGGCUUCCGUCGUGUUGUCGGGACUGGACGAGCCGACCAUCGAAUCCUACCCGAAAACAUUGUUGGGGGCGAGCCGGCGGCUGCCGAAGCCGAGCGACAACACGUGUCCGAUCUGUUUGUCGGAGUACCAGCCGAAGGAGACGCUGCGGACGAUACCGGAGUGCAACCAUUACUACCACGCCGAGUGCAUCGACGAGUGGCUGAAGAUGAACGCCACGUGUCCUCUCUGCCGGAAUACGCCGGAAUCGUCCGCCGCCAGCACCCCGUCUCCUUCCUUGUCUUCCACGUCGUCGUCUUUGCUCUCCACGCCCUAG